AUGAAUUGCGCAUAUUUUUCAAUAGCAUUAUACGAAAGUACUGAUGUUUCAGAUGUUAGUCAACUUUUAAUAUUUGUUAGAGUUAUUUCUCCACAAUUUGAAAUGUAUGAAGAACUUUUAGAAUUGUGUUCCUUGCAUGAAUCAACCAAAGGAAUUGAUAUUUUUAAUGCUGUAAAAAAUGCAAUUGAACCAUUUGGAGGUUUCAAAAAAAUGUCAUCGGUUGUGACUGAUGGUGCAAAAUCUAUGGUUGGCAAAAAUAUUGGUUUUGUUGGAUUAUUGCGCAAAUCUGAUAUUAAUGUUCCUGCAAUACAUUGCAUUAUUCAUCAAGAAGCGUUGUGUGGUAAAAUAAUGAAACUUGAUAACAUUAUGAAUACAGUAUUUAAAAUUACUAAUAUAAUUAGAGGAGGCAACCGUAGUUUGAACCACCGUAAUUUUAUUAAAUAUUUAGAAGAACUUGAUUGUGAAUAUGUUAUAAAACAAGAAUUUGAUAAUGAAUUUAAUUUUGAACAUUGCAUUACCCACAUUGAUGAAUUAAUUGUAGAGUUCAAAAGACGAUUUGAAGAAAUUGAAUUUAUGCGUCCUCAAAUAAAUUUAUUUAAUAAUCCUAUGGCAGUUGAAAUUGAAAAGCAUGAUCCUUCACUUCAAUUAGAAUUAUGUGAGUUACAAACAGAUCCAUUUUUAUCUGCAAAAGAGAUUGAUGUGUCAUUUUGGAAAACAUUACCAGUUGAAAAAUAUCCAAUUCUAAGAGAUUUCGCAUUAAAAAUGUCAUCUAUGUUUGGAACCACAUACAUAUGCGAAUGUACAUUUUCGAACUUGAAACAUAUUAAAUCGAAGGAAAGAAAUCGUUUAACAGAUGAAACCUUGGGACAUUUACUAAGAGUUUCAACUACAGAAAUAGAAGUGGAUUUUACUAAAUUGUCUAUUGAAAAACCUCAUCCUCAAGUAUCACAUUAA